AUACCUAUACGAAAUCCACUGCAGGUUUCAGACAUUAUAUACUUAUAUUAUUUUCUAAAUCACUCUUCACGUUAUAAAAUAUAGAUGUUAAUAUAUUAUAUAGACUGGUUUUCAUCUGCCGGUUUUCGAAACGUAAAUAGGAAUACAAGCAUAAAAAUAUAGUGUAUGAAACACGUCAACGAGUCUAUUAAGAUAUGGAAAUAAGUAAAUAUAGCAGUAGAAUAUGGAGUAUAUAAUAUAUAUAUAAGUCUAUUUUCGAAUAAAUAAUAAUGCCACAUUAUAAUAUAUGUGAUUAAGGGUUUUUUAGUUUUUUUUCUUUGAAUUAUUGAAAUUAGAACAAAAUCAGAGUAGAUAAAAUACAUCCUAACAGUAAAUUUAUGAGACAAAAUUAUACUUGAGCUUAAACUAUAAAUUUUCUUAAUAAUUAUGAAUAAAAACGAAACAUACACUUGGGGAUAAUAGCUAUAUACAGAUACAUUAAAAAAAGUAUAUUUUUAACUAUGUUUUUUUUUCGAGGACCCCAUAAUUAUGUGAAAUGUUGUGAUCAUCUCGAUAUAAAAGUAAUUUUUUUUAAUCUCACAGUCUCAGGUUAGUCAUAGGUUCAAUCUAAAUUGCGAUAAUAAUAUGUAGGUAUUCUUAUAUAAUAUGAUGCUCAUGAAACGACUAAAAACUUCUAGGGCCCGCGCCAUUGUCAUAAUAGCAUGGUGCCGCGACGAAAGGGCGCCUUGGAUAUCGUUAUGGCGACGGCGGCGGACAUGACAAAUAUAAUAAUAAUAUUUCGUGUGUAUAAUAUUAUUAUUAUGAUAUACGGUAGCGACGGCAGCAGCAGCGGCUCUGUCCGAGGCGCGACGGCCCUGAGAGCAGCGCUGUGGCGAGCGCCGACGGCCGCACGGUGGUGACACGUAGUCCGAGGCCGGUCCGCCGAGCGGCGCGCCGGUCGGACGGAAGCGAGAGACGGGAGCGCGGCGCGCGCGCGCGCAUACACACACGCGCGCACACGGACGGGCGCGCGGCGGCGGUGCACGCCGCUAAACACCAACGACAACUACUACGCGCUCGCGUCGGCCCGUUUGUGAGCCGUCGGGCGCGGUGUGUCGUCACCCGUCAUCGGCGGUCGUCACUUCUCACGUCAGUCCGCUCUCGUGCACCGUGCGUACGAAACUUCGGACCUUCGCCGCACACGCACACGCGCCGUCCGCGGUCUCGGUAGUUCCGUCGCGUAUUUCACAUGCACGAUAUUUUUAUAACAUUAAAACAUCGUCGUCUCCCGCGAAGUUUUGCCUUUACGAUACUUUAUUAUUUUAUUUUAUUUUAUCGUUUGUUAUAAUUCUUUAUUUGUUUAUUUAUAAUUUUUUAAAAGUGAAACGGGCGUGAUAUUUUUUCCCCCAACGGUUUUUUUUUUUACCGCGGUCUUAUGAGUUCGUACUUAAUUUUUUUAUUUCGUCCGACGCUCGUAAGAACCCUUGGCCGUACAUGAUCGCGUCGUCGUAAUAAACGCGCGCGCGCCUCGUCGGCGGAGCUGCGGCAGUGAUUCAUAUAAAAUAUAUAACAUAAUAUUAUAUUAUUAUUUAAAAUAAUAUAUAACUAUCCACGCGAACGCUGAUUAUUGCAUAUAAAUAAAUGUAUACAUAAUAUGCAAAACCACUUUAUAAUACUAUCAUCACAAUAAUAUAAUACUCUAAACUGAUCUGGACUUGUCUUCUUGUGUUCUGUUGCCGACUCUGACCUAACACCAACCGACGUCUGAACGCCGCCGACAUCGUCUACUCCACCAAAAUCUCCUGCGCCUGCUGUCGUCUAUCACCUAAACCCCGUACGAAACCACAACAAUUAUCAUCAUCGGCGACCUCGGGGACGCUGCCGUCGGUACGCUGUACGGUGGCGGUGAACACGAUGUUACCACCGGAGCAGGGUGCCCGACCCCGACAGCCGGACCCGGGCUGAGUUGGUGGACGAUGAUGAACGGCGGCCUGUACGAGGACAGCCCGCCGGCACCACCACCUCCGUCGUCCGUGUCGCUGCAGCCGCCGUCGGUGGACAUCGCUCGCGCCGCGCCGGCGGCCGUCAUUAAGACGUCGCCGUCGUCCACGCCGAUCGCGUCCUCCGCCACGCCGCCGCCGCAGCAACAGCAACAGCAGCAACAACAGCAGCCCCCGCCGCUGUUGCACAUACCGGCCAAGCGGUUGCAGUCUCAUUCCAUCGGCGGUGGUGGCGGCGGCGGUGGCGGUUACGAGUGCAUGGACACCGCCGCCGGUUCGGCGGGCGUCAUCAGGCACUCGCACCACCAGUGGAACGCUUACUCGCCUGCCGUCGUCGACCACGCCGCGUUCGACCAGUACGCCGCACCACCUCAUCACCACCACCACCAUCAACCGGCCGCGCCGACCUACUACAACCUGGCCGCGGACGCUGGCGGCGGACACCACCACCACCAUCACCACCACCACCGAACGUCCAUGGACGGCGGUGGUGGCGGUGGUGGCCGCAAACCACCCACUGGCCUGCCGUUCUGGUCACCCGCGGCCACAGACUAUUGUGGCGGUGGCCUCGGCGGCGGCGGUGGCGGUGGCGGCCUGGCCAGUAAGUACACCAACGGUGGCGUGACGCCGUGCAGCAGUUCCGCUGGACCACCGUCCGCCGCCGACCACCAUCACCAGUUCUCGCAGUCCUGGUGCACCAACUACUCGCCGUACACCACUACCACGUCGUCGUCAUCGUCGUCGUCCGUGGCCGCGGCAGCAGCCGCCGCAGCCGCAGCCGCCGCUUCGGCGUCCCGACACCCGUCCGGCGGCGGCCCGGCUGACACGCCGCAGCCGACAUACCUGCAGUCCGGCAGCCCGGGCGACGACCGGGGCGGCAACAAUUCGUCCCGCAUGACGUCCGGCUCGGCCGACGGUUCUGCGGCCGGCCCGUUCGGCCACGACAACGCGUACCAGCCGCCGGCGCCACCGCCUCCGUCGUCGUUGCCGCUCAGGAACUACGGGAGUUCGCACGAUCCUGUCACGUCGACGCCUUACCCACCAACAGGUUCGUUGUCGAGCAUCGGUAUGGGCGUCGGGUCCAACCCGCUGGAAUGGACGGGUCAGGUGACCGUGCGCAAGAAGAGAAAACCUUACUCGAAGUUCCAAACGCUGGAGCUGGAGAAGGAGUUUCUGUUCAACGCUUACGUGUCCAAGCAGAAGCGCUGGGAGCUGGCCCGGAACCUGGCGCUGUCCGAACGCCAGGUGAAGAUAUGGUUCCAGAACAGGCGCAUGAAGAACAAGAAGAACAGCCAGCGGCAGGCCGUGCAACAGCAACAGCAGCAGCAACAACAGCAACAGCAGCAGUCCAACAACAACAACAACAGCAACGGCAGCGCCAACGCCAAUCACCAGCAUCACAUGCAGGUGAUCGGCGGCCACCACGGCAACGGGCCCAUCAAACACCAUCAGUGACCGUCGCACUACUCUGGAGCCGCCGCAGCCGCCGCCCAUCCACCGAUGCACAUGCACCACAUACAUCAUCAACUGCAGCCGCUGCCCCCGCCACCGCACCACCUCCACCAUCA